AUGAAAAACAACAGCACUUCUAAUUUAGAUAGGAAAUCAUUUUUUUCUAUAACACAUAAUGAUUUAGAUAGCAAGAAUUAAAUAUCUUAAAAAUCCUAUAACAGAUUUCCGUCAUAAUAACAGUUAUAUUAUUAUGUUGAAAAGUAGGUUGGAGAUAAUAAAGUAAUACCUGUUUAUGAAUCUUUGCAAAACAUUUCAACUUAGAUUUAUGAUGAGGAUAUGAAUACUAAAGCUAAAAAUAGAAGCUAAAAAAUUAUUUAUCUUCAAAAAGAUAUGAUUUAGUAUUCUCCCUAGAAAAUGAAACUUAAAUAAACUAACCAAUUGUUAAAUAACUACCUACAAAAAAUACCUCAUAUUUAUGAAGCAAAAGACAAAAAAUAAUUUUAACAUUUUAAAAAUGAUAAUAUUCACAUGCCUUUUGCGAAUAUAUUUCCUAAUAGCAACUAAAAGCUAAGCAAAUUGUUAGGGUAUGAACCAGUGAAUCAAUAGUAGAUAAGUAUGAAUUAAUUCAGAUAAGCUAUGGAAUAAAGAUCUAUAAAAGCAUUAAUAAAUAAAAAUUAAGGAAACCUCAUAACUGCAAAUAAGCUGAAACAAACUUCUAAAGAGGUCAUAUAGAAUUUUGAUUCUCAUUUUAGCAAUAGAUUAGAAAAUAGUAAGAAAGAACAAAUAUAAAAUCUAUCUAUAAUGAAAAAAUUUAAAGAAGACUUUCAUCCUUUAAGAAGGUCAGAUAUCAUUUAUAAUCAGGAAAAUAAGUCGAAAUAUUAGCUUUACAGAAAUAUAUUUAUUUUGCAUAUAAAUCAUUUUAAGCAGAGUAUAGUUGAGGCUCUUGAAUAUAAGAUACCUUUUUAUAAUACCACUGAAUAGAUCCUAAAAGACAACUUUUCCUCAAAUCAAUAAUUACUGGAAAACCUAUUAGAGCAUUGCACUUAAUGCUUCUCUCUUCCAUAUCAACUUAAGUAUAUUUCCCUUUUGGAUGAAACGCCUAUACAGUAUUUACAAGACAUUCCUAUAGAUUAGAACAUCAUAAUUAUAUCUAAUAAUCCAAAAAAUAAUUUUUGGUAAAAAUAUUAUGAAUCAAAAUAAGUCAAUAAACCAAGUGAAAAGGAUUUUUAAACACUGCUUUUAAAACUAAAUAAUCUCAAUGAUUUAAAUAAAAUAGAAAAUUUUUUUAAGAAUAAGAAGAGCUUCAUUACUGAUUUGGAUGAUUUUUCAGGUCGAUCAUCAGCUAUGUUAAUUAAUAGCAUGUAAUAAACAAAGGGAAGCAUGAAUAGUAUUGAAUAAAUGAAUUAAUCAAAUGAUGUAAAUAAUAAUGAUUAAUAAAAAAACAUAAAUGAGUUUAGAUAAUCUGCUUUUGAAAAAUUUUCUAUUAUAUCUCAAUCAGAAAAUCCAACUCCAAACAAAUAAAAUUGCAUACUUAUUAACAAUCUGAAUUCUCCUAGCAAUUAUUAAUACUCAAGAGCUAGCUUUAUGAGUCCUUUAAAUAAAUAACCAUUAUAAUCACCUUAUAAAAGAUUAGAUAGCUUUGCUACCCCACAAAAAUUUAAAAACAGACAACAACUUAAAAGUCUUCCUUAGAUUAAAGAGAGUUACAAUAAAUAUCUAAAAAAAGAAAAUAGCCGUAUGAGAGUUAUAGAAUAACCAAAAAAAUUAAGAGAAAACAUUAUAUAAACACAAUAAACUUAAAACCAAAAUGAAAUGGAAAAACAGAAACUGAAAGCUAAAUUUUAAUAAAAUAUUGAUAAAUAUACUUCUUUGGAUCUUGAAAUGAAAAAGAAAUACAACUUAUUAAGUGAAGCAGCAAAUGUGCAAGAAAUCAUUUCAAAGACAAGUUUUGAUAGAUAUCAGUUACACCUUCUAUUUAGCAAAUUCAAAGCACUAAUUCACUAUAAAGCUAAAUAUAGAAACCCUUUAAAAAAAUCUCCAAAAAUAUUGAUAGAAGAAGGAGUUGAUGUAAUAUCGUUUAGGAGAGGUGUUGAUUCUUUACUGGUUGCUCCUAAUGAAUAGAUAGAAAAAAUAUUUUAAAGCUAAAAUGCUUUUGUAACAAAAGACUAAGGAGGGAUGAAUUGGGAAGGCUUUAUCUAUUCCCUUAAUAUGAUAGAAGCCAAAACAGAUAAUGCAAAGAUCGAUCUUUUUAUGAGGCUUCUUGAUGAAAACUAAAAUGGAACAAUAUCUUAUGAUGAAAUAUUUGAUUAGAGUAACCAGCUUCUCAAAUAAUUGUUAAAAAAUUAAAAUAAAGGAGAAAUAUCUGUUGACGAAAUCAGCCACUUCUUAACAAAAACAAUAUUCGAUGCAGUUGGACAAGAUUAUGAUAAAGAAAUUCUAUCUGAAGAUUUAAAACUUUAAAUUAGAAGAAAAAAUAAAGACUUAGAGCUUUUGCUUAUGCUCUGCUUUUACAAUAACGAAUAGCCAAAUAAUUACUAUUCUAACUCAGAUGAAGAGGAGCUUAUGGAAGAAGAAAAAAAAAUAAAGUCCUUGUAAAAUUGA